CAGUGGUUAAAUUUGCAUUUCCUUGUUUAAUAGUGAAAUCCUUCAUGACUCUCUUUUAUAUAUUUAUUGAAGAAGUUUAGUGUAGUGGCUAAGUAGGGCUGCUCUGGGGCCCAAGUGUUCACUUCCUGACAACCAUGGGUAAAUUCUUUAAUCUCCCUCUGCUCACGUACCAGCUCUGAUAAUGACAAUACUUACUUCAUGGAGUCUGUAUGAAGAUUAAAGAGGAUAUCACAUGACAAGUGCCUAGAAAGCAGUUGGUAUUACAGGACCUUGGGAAAAACUGAACGCCUUUCAUUUCUGACUCUUCAUCUGGUUCUGCUAUGUGAUUGCUGCCUAGAUGGGCACGAUGAAGGACCGGCUGGCCGAGAUGCUGGAGCUGACCAAGAGCUAUGACCAGCAGUUCCCAGCCAGGGACGCGGAGUUCGACCCGCCCCACGAGGACGUCGUGUUCGAGACGGACCACAUCCUGGAGUCCUUGUACCGAGACAUCCAGGACCUCCAGGAGGAAAACCAGCAGCUGAUGACCGACGUGAAGCGGCUGGGAAAGCAGAACACCCGCUUCCUCACGUCCAUUCGGCGCCUCAGCAGCAUCAAGCACGACACCAGCUCCAUUGCCAAGGACAUCAAGGCCCGCAGCGAGAACAUCCACCGCAAGCUGCGCGCCCUGAAGGCGCGGGGCGAGGAGGCCGAGGAGGUGCACGGCGCCCACUCGGCGGUGGCGCGCAUCUCGCGGGCGCAGUACAACGCGCUCACGCGCACCUUCCAGCACGCCAUGCAGGGCUACAACCAGGCCGAGGUGAAGCAGCGCGACAACUGCAAGAUCCGCAUCCAGCGCCAGCUGGAGAUCAUGGGCAAGGACGUCUCGGACGACCAGAUCGAGGACAUGAUCGAGCAGGGCAAGUGGGACGUGUUCUCCGAGAAUUUGCUGGCCGACGUGAAGGGGGCGCGGGCGGCCCUCAACGAGAUCGAGAGCCGCCACCGCGAGCUGCUGCGCCUGGAGAGCCGCAUCCAGGAGGUGCGCAAGCUCUUCGUGCAGAUGGCGGUGCUGGUGGAGGAGCAGGCCGACACCUUGAACGUCAUCGAGCUCAACGUGCAGAAGACCCUCGACUACACCGGCCAGGCCAAGGUGCAGGUGCGCAAGGCCGUGCAGUACACGAGGAAGAACCCCUGCCGGACCCUCUGCUGCUUCUGCUGCCCCUGCCUCAACUAGCUGGUGGGCCCCCGCCGCCGCACCCCGCCGCACCCCACCCCACCCCACCCCACCCCACCCCUGACGGGAGUGGCCGGGAAGCGCACCGGGGAGGAUUUGGGGGACCUCUGCACAGGGGCGAGCUGCCCCAGAAGUCUAGGGCCUUCUAUCCUUAGAGCAAGAAGCAUUUUGAGGUGCGAGAAUUCCAACCCAGCUUGUGUUGGGGAAGGUGGCGGAUGCCAAUCCGGUGUCUCUUCAGUGAGGACAGACACCUGCCGGAGUUGUGCGAGGUCAUAUGGCACGCGGCACCCUGAGGCUGUAAGCUUGCUGUAGGCUAGAUGCCCAAGGCUUGCUUCCUAACAAAACUCUAGGAGGAAGUCGGUUCUGUAUUGGCGGAUAGUAUGAACGCAUUAUCAAGACUUAAAUUCAUUUACUUUAUCCUGAAAGUCCCUUGGUUCUGUUCAAGUUCACAUGACAUUGAUCUUGGGAGAAAACCGUACCUCUUCCAUGUCUGAUUCUUCAUCUGGCUUGUCCUGUGAGCUUCCUGCCUAGAGGUAUACCUUUUAUCUGCUCACCUCCCCUACUUACUAAAAUCACAUUUAACAAACUCAUUAUUUCCUUAUAUCUUUCACUUUUAGUAUCUCCCAUCACAGUAUAUUUUGGAUUUUUUCCAAAUACUUUUAAGCACUGAGUUUUGAGCAACCAUUCAAAUUGAAGUAUAUUGUCAGCCAUGUUUUGUAUAUUUUUCAUAAAUGUAAUACAAAUGCACAUAAUUAUAUAAAUGUAAAGGACUAAUAUUAACACAUGUACAUAAUGACCAAUUGGUUUGACUGGACUUUUGUAACUAUGGUCUAUAAAUAUUAACAGCAACACUUUUUUACUGAUCAUUGGUGUUGGUUUGCUUGUUUUGAGUUUAUCUCACUCCCAUCUCCAUAGUCACGGUUCUAUUUUGAACCAUUCUGUGUUGGUUAUGGUGAUAGAGACAGAUGUUAAAGGCUAAAAUGCAUAAAGAACUGGAGAUAAUAAAAUAGCAUUCUUGGAAAUACUACUUUUGUUUUACUGUGGGACCAUUCCUUUCAUGUACUGAAAUGGAGUAAUUUAAAAUAAAAUAAUCAUGUUUUUCAAUUCAGCCUAAUAAACAUUACAUUAUAAUAUC